AAAUAUCAUCUAUAUACGAACAUGUGGAAUGCCAGCUUACCCCUAUCAACAAUUAUAGGCCCACUCUCGCUCCCACUCUGCGGAUAUGAACGGUCGCUGCCUGGGUGUACGUGGUACCAUGCCCCCUUUUGUCAUUUCCUGCUCCCUCUGCUCUCUUCCUUUUCAUUUCACACCAAGGAAGAGACAUACGCAGAAAGAGAGAGAUAGAGAGAGUACCCUCGUCUCAGUUCUCACCGUAGCACAAGCGUUUAAAGCGUGCGAGAGAGAGUAUCCCUCACGCCACAAAUUAGUAGAGGCAUUAUAAGAGAGAGAAAGAGAGAACGAGAAAUUGGCACCAAUAUGAUGAAAUUGAUCAUGAGCGCAUCGCCGGGAAUGCCGUCGUCCUUCUCGCCCCCACCGACGUCGCAGCCGGCACCGCCGACGACGGCCGCCCCGUCGGUUCUGCCUGUGCGCACGAUCCCGGGGGGGUACGGGUGGCCGCUGCUGGGGCCGAUAUCGGACCGGCUGGAUUACUUCUGGUUCCAGGGACCGGAGACGUUCUUCCGGAAGCGAGCGGAGAAGAACAAGAGCACGGUGUUCCGUACCAACGUCCCUCCCUCCUUCCCCCUCUUCCUCCGCGUCAACCCCAACGUCGUCGCCCUCCUCGACUGCAAGUCCUUCGCCCACCUCUUCGACUCCGAUCUGGUGGACAAGUCAAACGUCCUCGUCGGCGAUUUCAUGCCCAGCACCAGAUUCACCGGCGAUCUCCGAGUCUGCGCCUACCUCGACACUUCCGACCCCCAACACACCAAGAUAAAAAACUUCGCUCUAGACACCUUGAAACGGAGCUCCACCGUUUGGGUAUUGGAGCUGGUGUCCAGCCUGGAUCCCAUGUGGGAUGCCAUCGACGCCGCCAUCGCCAAGGACGGCACCGCCAGCUACCUGGUCCCUCUGCAGAAGUGCAUCUUCCGAUUCUUCACCAAGUGCCUCGCCGGCGCCGACCCGGCGACGUCCCCGGAAAUCGCCAACUCCGGCUACGCCAUGCUCGACAAAUGGCUCGCCCUCCAGCUUCUACCCACCGUCAAGAUCGGAAUCCUACAGCCCCUUGAAGAAAUUUUCCUCCACUCCUACGCCUAUCCCUUCUUCCUGGUCAGCGGCGACUACAGAAAACUCGUCGAGUUCGUCGAGAAAGAAGGCAAGGAGGCCGUUGAAAGGGGGCAGACCGAGUUCGGACUGAGUCAUCAAGAAAUAGUUCACAACAUCCUCUUCAUGCUGGGUUUCAACGCGUUCGGCGGCUUCUCCGUCUUCCUACCCACAUUGAUAAACGCCCUCGGCAGCGACAAGACCGGGUUGCAGGAGAAAUUGAAGAAGGAAGUGAGGGAGAAAACCGGUUCAACCCUGUCGGCUCUGAGUUUUGACUCGGUGAAGGAGAUGGAACUGGUCCAGUCCUUCGUGUACGAGACGCUCCGGUGCUACCCACCGGUGCCACUGCAAUUCGGGCGGGCCCGGAAGGAUUUCGAGCUGAGUUCGCACGAUUCGGUGUACAAGAUCAAGAAGGGGGAGCUUCUGUGCGGGUACCAGAAGCUGGUGAUGAGAGAUCCGAAAGUGUUCGAGGACCCGGAAAGUUUCGUUCCGGACCGGUUCACGAAGGAGAAGGGGCGCGAGUUACUGAGUUAUCUGUACUGGUCGAACGGGCCGCAAACCGGGUCGCCCAGCGCUUCGAAUAAGCAGUGUGCGGGCAAGGAGUAUGUGAUAAUCACUGCUUGCAUAAUUGUUGCUUACGUGUUGCUCCGAUACGACUCCAUAACGGCAACCUCGUCAUCCAUCACAGCCGUUGAAAAGGCCAAGUGAGAAAGUCAUCAGAUCGUGGGGAUUUGAGGAUAAGCUGUAUCUCUGUCGGUGAUGCACCUGAUCAGUCACAUGAGAGAAAUUUUAUUGUUAAACAGGUUAGUUUGAUUGGUGUAAUCAAAGUCGAACUUUAUGAAUGAAUAGAGUUGUUUAAUAUUUUAUUACUUCUUAGAGGGAUGUAGUUUUAUAAUCUUUUAUUUAUUAAAACCAUUCGAACUUACUACAA